AUACAUGUAAUAUGAACUUAUUUUUAAUUGCUUUGCUGUGGUAAGCGUGUCCCCAUCGCCUUCCCAAACGUAGCGGUAUUUGGGCAACGCUGUGGCCAGCCCGGUGAUGUGGGUGUUUGGCCCGUGGCUGUAUUAAUGUAGUGCCGACAAACUGGCUUGUCCAUUAGAGACGCUCGCAGAGAUGAUAGUAGUGAAGACUGUACGGCCGAACGGUAUAAUUUACAUGUUUUAUGUGGACAUAGGCGUCGACGUGGUCAUACGACGGAAGGAUGGUGGUAAAUCGGGUUCCGGGUCUCGCCGAGUAACAGUCCAGUGAGCGAAAGGGAGCUUGUCUGUGCCAGGGUAGAAGAUCGCGGCGGUGGCGAUGUCGCUUGUUUUCUUAUUUCUUGGUCGUCUCCCUCGGGGUGGCGCUUAUACGGUCGAUAUACAAACAGCGGGUCGUUAUAAUCGAUGGGAAGCAGAUUUCAGUGUGAGGUAGAAGGUGGGACGUUUUCGGGGAUGUCGGCGGCGGAUGACAGCGAAGCGGAGAGAACAAAAUACCCAGAGAUUAAAUCGCUGAUGGGACCAGAUCCGAGGCUGAAGUGGAUUGUCAGCAGCAUGGUGGUAAUGCAGUUUGUGGCCUUCUACGCUGUCAAGGACUUGGAGUGGAAGUGGGUGCUGUUUUGGACGUACAUUUUUGGUGGCUGCCUGAACCAUUCGAUGACUCUGGCUAUCCACGAGAUCUCGCACAACACGGCUUUUGGCAACAACAAGGCAGUGUGGAACCGCUGGUUCGCCAUCUUUGCUAACUUGCCCGUGGGGCUGCCAUACUCGGCAUCCUUCAAGCGCUACCACAUGGACCACCACCGCUACCUGGGUGGGGAUGGCGUGGAUGUAGACAUCCCCACGGACUUUGAGGGCUGGUUUUUCUGCACGCGCUUCCGGAAGCUCAUGUGGGUCGCCCUGCAACCAUUCUUUUAUGCACUGCGGCCGCUCUCCAUCAACCCAAAGACCCCAAGUCGGCUGGAGCUGACUAAUGUAGCGAUCCAGCUGGUCUUUGACUUGGGCCUCUACUGGCUGUGGGGCAUCAAGCCUGUGGUCUACAUGUUGGCAGGCUCAUUGCUGGGCAUGGGGCUGCACCCCAUAUCUGGCCACUUCAUCGCCGAGCACUACAUGUUCCUCAAGGGCCAUGAGACAUACUCGUACUACGGCUCGCUCAACCUGCUCACCUUCAAUGUGGGCUACCACAACGAGCACCACGACUUCCCCAGCAUCCCUGGAUGCAGGCUGCCACUGGUCAAGAAGAUAGCAUCCGAGUACUACGACGACCUUCCGCAGUACACAUCCUGGGUCAGGGUGCUGUAUGACUUCAUCAUGGAUGAUGAGCUGAGCCCCUACUCGCGUGUAAAAAGGAAGCUGAAGGGAGAUAUCAAGCUCGAGUGACUGCUGUGGCUGAUGUUUAAAAGUGCAUUUUUUAAUUGGUAUGCCUGUUUUCAUUGAGAGGAUUUCAGUGAGUGUGUAUGUGGAAAGACAAGGCAUCUUCCUCCCACCUGCCUUCUCUCUAAUGUGGGGUGAAGAUCCUGCUUUCAGUGCUGAGGGUGAUUGUGUCCUUCCCUUGAGGCAGAGUGAAUGUGGGACCUGCCUGCUUGUGCGGGUGGCAUGUGGUGAGCUCUCCUUCUGGUGGGGACGUGUGAGUGAGGAUGAUACUUAGUGGAUGCCGGCUGUUACACUUCUUGCCCCUUUGGUGUGGCUGCUUGUCAGUCUGGGCCCUGACGUUUAAUCCUUGCACCCUACAGUCAGUAUUGUGGAUCAAUGGCCCACUUUUGCAAUAAAACACACACCAUGCUA